AUUUCCCACAAUGCACCCGGUCAGAGUUGUGUAACUUUCGGAACGUCUUCCAGGAGAAACUCUGCGGCCCAGACGACUUGGCAGAAACAUCAAACAUAUCGAUCCUGAAUGACACAAAACCCAACGGAGUUGCACGUAAUCGUCCGUAACGAGAAAUCUGUCGUCCGUAAACGCUCGGAGGCUGGCUUUAAAACGACAACAGGGUGGAUUUGCGAACGCAAGAUCGCGAGGGCCUAUCAAACAUGUCCUCAUCCUCGCAGGCGUCUUCCAGGCGGCAAUGGUGCUACCUUUGCGACUUGCCGAAGAUGCCUUGGGCCAUGAUCUGGGACUUCAGCGAGGCGGUGUGCAGAGGAUGUGUGAACUACGAGGGAGCGGACAGAAUAGAGCUGCUCAUUGACACCGCCCGACAGCUAAAGAGAACCCAUGUGAUGCAGGACGGCAGAUCUCCGGGUCCACAGCCAGGUGGUAAACACGGUCCCGGUGGUAAGGAGGGUCCUAUGGAGGCAGGCAGACCGCCCUCGGAGCGUUAUGAGAGGGGUAGGGGAGAGUAUGUGUCGGCCCGACUGCCAAACGGGAUGUCUAGACUAGAAGAUGGUGUUCCACCGGAGGUCAGUAGACAGAGUCCUAAUGCCAGAAGGACUAUGGUAGGGGCUGUGCCACCCAAUUUAAUGGCACAGGGUCUCGUUGGAGCACCUCAUGGCCUGCUGACGGCAAUGCCUGGUAUGAAUGCCAGAGCUGGCAGUGCCCCCUUGACCCUUUCUAAUCCUAUGUUAAACGAGAUCAGUAAAAGGCAGGCCCUGGGCAUGGGCAUGGGCAUGAGCGUGGGUGUGGCAUCUUUUAUGAACCCCGAGUUUGAAAAAGAGCUGAAGGAGAAGCAGAGAAACGUGGAGGCACUUGGCGAGCUUUCUGAAAGCACAAGGCACCGCGCAGAAGACUGGGCUGGACGUCCUAAAGCUGUUCGGGACGCUUUGCACACCCUCUCUGGUUGCACCCCUUUCAACGUUCGUUUUAAAAAGGACCACGUCCUGGUGGGGAGAGUGCUCGCUUUCGAUGCCAAGCACAUGCUCGAGUUUGAGCUGAAAGUCUUCAUAGAAUACCCGUGUGGAUCUGGCAACGUGUUCUCCAGCAUAUUAGCGUUAGUCAAGCAGAUGUUCCACGACUCUCAGAAAGACACGGGCAAAGUCAUCAACUCGGGCUACAAAUAUGUGGAGUAUGAGAAAAGACACAGCACCGGCGACUGGCGUCUCCUUUCCGAGCUUCUCAGCGAUGCGGUACGGGCGUUCAAAGAUGCUCCGCUCCCCGAAACUCUCCCGCAGCCGUACCUGGAUACCAGCUGCUCCGUGCCACCCGCCUUCAUAGGCCGCCCCACACAGAACAGAGUACGAAGACGUAAAGCUUCGCCUGAGCCGGACACCGCUGAAAGGAUGGCCAGCGACCUCUGGGCUCUGAGUGCGUACCCUGUCAUGCCCGCCCACAUGCCCGCCACCUCACUGGCAGGUGCCGGACAACCUCCCAACCUCCAAGAGGGCAUGGGAGCUCACAGUAGUGACCCGUCUCCUAUCACAGCACUCAUGAGCGUGGCAGAUAACGUCGGCACGAAUACCCAGUCUUCAAAAGAUGCCCCGGGCGGUAGCGGUGCUCACUCCAACGUAGGCCGCCAGAACAGCUCCAGUCCCUCACCUGGAGGUCAGCGACGCCUGGCCUCACGCAACGGAGAACCCUCAGCCAGCAGCAGUACGGGAGGGCUGGCCACAACCGUCACCAUGCCCCUCGCUUGCGGAGGUGACCAAGGUUCCGUCACGGGUGGUGAAGCCUCGGGAGGCGGAGGUGCUCCUUUGUGUUGUACAAUCUGCCAUGAGCGUCUGGAAGACACGCACUUCGUCCAGUGUCCAUCGGUGCAGGGACAUAAAUUCUGUUUCCCCUGCACCCGGGACUUCAUCCGUAGACAGGGCUCGGGGAGCGAGGUGUACUGCCCCAGUGGGGAGAAGUGCCCUCUUGUGGGCUCCAAUGUGCCAUGGGCAUUCAUGCAAGGCGAGAUCUCCACCAUCCUGGCAGGAGAUGUGAAGGUGAAAAAGGAAAGAGACCCAUAACAGCUUAUAGCAGAUGUGAAAUUCACACAGAUGGAGCUGUGUUCCUGAGCCCUAAAGAUGGCCGCCGUGACCACAUGGCCCACAGCAUUAUGAACAUGACUGCUGGUGGGCAGGUCCCCUUCCUCCCAGAAUCCUCCCUUUUUCCCUUCCGCUCUCCUUUUACCUCCUUUUCCUUCCUUCCAGUUUUCCUCCGCCUGAGAAGGAGAAGCAUACAGCCAUUAUACUCUUUAGAGAUGACAUUGUAUUAAAACCCCACUGCACUUCAGUCUCUUAGAUUUGUCGCCCCAUAUAGAUUCAUCUACAGCGCUUAAACAACCGUCAGUCACAAAAACAAACAGGUUAAUGUACCGUGUCGUAUUUACAAUGCUAUUUAGAGACGCAGUGGGGUGAACAGUUAUUUCCCAGAAUGUGUUAUCACCAGACAGUUGCAGAUUGUACAGCGGGAAGCUUAUUUGGAAAUGCAGCAUCCUUUACAAUCACAAAAACGGUUUCAGCUGCGAGCUACAGACGUCUUGUUUUGCUGUCGUCUAUGCUGCAUAGAACUGUUAAAUAGUCCAGGAAUAUUACUAAGUGCUAAAAACCCUUCCUUAAUAAACGCUUCUCGAUCCAGCAUGUACAAUAGAUAUCUUUAUGUUUUUUACUUUGUGUAGAUUGUACAAACGUAUCCCUUUCAAUGGUUAUAUAGAUGUGCAUUCUCUAGAUUUGAUACCGUAUCCCUUUAUGUACCACUACGUCUUUGAAUGAAUAGAAUACCAAAGAUAGACAUGCUGAAAUAUCGUUGUAUCAUAUGAUGCUAUAACAUAUAUUUUUGUGGUAAAAUGUUUUUGUGGCUUUCAUCGGAUAACAAGGAAUGUUUUACAUUGGGAACUAUAUUUAAACCUAUAUGGGUGGACACAAAGUAGAUUUUUAUUACAAGCGAGCAGAUCACUAUAUUUUGUAUUGUAACCCAUUGGCUUUUAAAGCGUUGGAAGCGAUGACUAGUCUAAUAAUAUAAAACAGAGCUAAAUGUUUCUUUACACGUAUAUGGUCCAUUUUCUUUCAUUUUUACUUGUCAAAGGCAUACAUUAUACCUUAUACAAAGUCAUUUUGAUGCAAGUGAUAAAAUAAUUGACAUUGCAGGCCUGAAACUGUGGCUUCAAAGGGUAUUAGGACACUUAAAAUGUCUUUAUUUCAUUGCAUUUUGCAAAUGCCAAAUUUUGCGUAGUUUUUUAAAAGAUAACGCUAAACAAUCUUAAGAGUAGAUUAAGUGUCUUAAUAUUUUUAUGGCCCUGUAGGUUUGGAUCUCCAUUUUGUUUUAACAUGUCUUGUUUUAUGUCAUUGAAAAUAUAUAUAAGACUAAAUAUAUAUAUAUAUAUAUAAAUGCACAAAGGACUGUUAUGUAAGACUUUUGUUUAAUCGGCUUUAUGUUACAGCUCAAAUUGUAUUUAAAUUAAAAGAUUGACUUUUCACAAA